AUGGGAAUAAUCAGGCUAUUCUCAUCUCUACGCGGUCUAUUCGCAGCGGUAUCGAUAUUCUUGUUCACAUUUUCAAUAUGGAACUACAAAUCCUCCACUGGUACCGCCCAAUCAAAAUCCUACGUCGGUAAAGGUACGAUAGUAGACCUGGAAAGCAUAUUGAUCGACAUACCUCCGGGACAAGGAUCUUCAGCGUGGACGGAAGGUGACGAAGGGGAAUUCGUAACAAUUGGUCAACCGGUAUCAAAAAUUCAAUUCAACGAUAAAGGUAUUGUAGACGUAAGGACCGGAGUGCCCCUGGAAGGUGCAAAUGAAGGUUCAACAUUCAACUUGGCUGUUCUGAAGCUACCUAGGGGAUCAAAGUGGGGUUUCGUCGGUGUAGCAAGAGGUCCAACGAGGUUGAGACAUUUCAUGAAGAUUAAUGGGCAUUCUUCAAGAGAGCAAGUUCUAGUAGCGCUGGGGCUCAAUAUCACUUCCGAAGGACACCUAAUAGCUGUUACCAAAGGUCAGACAUUAGAUUUCCCUAUGAUACCUAGAGAAGGUUGCUCGAGUGCUGGAUCAUGGAUAGCUACUUAUGGUGCCGAGGAUCCACGAUUGUUCUGGACAGAUGCUGGUACACCCGCUCUUACCUAUGCUCGAUCAGCCCUCGACAACGAUAGAUGUCGUUCAGUGGGCCUCGUCAAUGACCUUCGAUCCAUCUUUCCGGAAUUGGAUGCAUCACUAGCAACAGGUGUAGAAGGUGUAUCACCAUAUGAUGGCUACAAAGAACCCGGUCAAGGAAGUGAUAGGGAAUUGUAUCGUUCAGACAAGCAAGGCGUGAUAGAGAAGAAUUGGAUGCCCUUCUAUCCGGGUGCUCUUCCUGAUGGAGAGACAGCCAUACCUCAUAUCCAUUACACCGUUAAAUCCGCCUUGUCACUCCGACCCAUCGAAAUUACCCCUACCCGGGCGAUCUAUCAAGAUGUCGAUCUGGGUCAAUCAACGACAAAAAGCUGUAUCGGUACUGCUCAUUUCAAAUCGUUCAAGAUUCAUCAAGCAUCCCCCUUGUACAGGUUAACACUGUGUGAUAGGGGGUGUAUAGUCACAGAGCAGAAUACGGUGAAUAUAGCCUUAUCUCACACUCAAUCACCUACAAGGCAAUAUGGUCGAUUCUUGGCAACUUUCAACGUUUCGUAUCCUUUCAAUCCUAUUUCUGUCGGACCUAGAUUCCAUCAGAAUGGAUGUGACGAUGAGAAUGAUAUCAACUACGCCUUAUCCCUCGUUGCCAUACAACAGUCAGACAUAGACCCCUCAGGGAAACCGACAAUUACCCCUCAAAUAGUCCAACCGGACCAUUUCUUCCUGGAUGAUCGAAUGUUGAUCACGAUGGGUCAUAAUGAUAAGGAGAUGACUUCUGUCAUGACCACAGUGAGGGAAAUACUGGGUAGACAGCAUAUGUGUUGA